CUGCGCAUCAAAAGCUUUGACUGAUUCUGAAAAACGAUACCCCCAGACCCAAAAAGAGGCUCUUGCAGUGGUUUGGGGCGUCGAGCGGUUCUCCUACUAUUUGCUGACAAGACCGUUCACAAUUCGGACAGACGCAGAGGCAAUACAGUACAUUUUCAACGCCAAUCACCGUUUGGGGAAGCGGGCUGUUUCUCGGGCAGAGAGCUGGGCUUUGCGCCUACAGCCUUACGACUUUGACAUACAAAGAGUACCAGGAAACCAAAAUGUUGCCGAUGCAUUGUCUCGUCUUAUACCAGAGACUCAAGAAUCGAUCCCGUUCGAUUCAGAUGCCGAAAACCAUUACCUUUAUUCUCUGGACACAGGUAAUAUGACUAUAACCUGGGAUCAAAUAGAAGAAGUAUCUGAAAACGACAGCGAACUGAUAUCCGUGAGGGAAGCGAUGAUGUCAAACAAAUGGCCAAUUGAUCUGCGAGCAUACGAAGCCCAAAAACGUGAUAUGCACUGCCUAGGCUCAUUGGUUUUCAAAGAUAACAGAGUAGUCCUACCCUAUUCUUUACGAAACAAAGCACUGGAUUCAGCUCAUGGUGGUCACGUUGGGGAGGUAGCCAUGAAGAGGGUGAUGCGCGAAUUCUUCUGGUGGCCGCGAAUGUCCGGUGAAGUUGCUCGCUUCGUUAAGAAUUGUGAAACAUGUGCUCAACUCUCUAGACGCAACCCACCCAUACCUCUACGAUCACGAGAACUACCAGAUGGACCGUGGCAAAUGCUGCAGGUGGAUUUCUUAACGGUUCCAUCCUUUGGAUCUGGAGAGUUCCUGGUGGUGACUGAUACAUACUCACGAUAUUUGUAUGUUGUGGAAAUGCGGACGACAGAUGCCAACUCUACAAAUUCAGCCUUAAACGACGUUUUCCGGAUGUGGGGCCACCCAUGCGUUAUACAAAGCGACAAUGGGCCACCUUUCCAAAGUGCUAAGUUCAUCUCAUAUUGGGAAGAUAGGGGAGUGAAGGUGCGUAAAUCAGUUCCCCUCAGCCCACAAAGCAACGGGGCAGUGGAGCGCCAAAACCCUGGAAUUAUUAAGGCCCUGUCAGCAUCUAAACUGGAUGGGUCAAAUUGGCGUCAAGCGUUACAGCAAUAUGUGCACAGACACAACACCUUGAUUCCACAUUCCCGACUACAGGUCACCCCUUUUGAAUUAAUGGUUGGGUGGAAGUAUAGGGGCAACUUCCCUGGCUUGUGGGAAAACUCUGAUGCGAAGGAACUUGAUCGGGCGGAGAUCAAAGAAAGAGAUGCGGAGACUAAGCUGGCUUCAAAACAGUACGCUGAUCAUGUGCGAGGUGCCAAAGAGAGUGAUAUCGUCACUGGUGAUACCGUUCUAUUGGCCCAACAGAAAAGGGGUAAAACGGACCCCAAUUUCUCCUCCGAACGUUAUGAGGUCAUUGCUAGAGACGGAGCCAAAGUCGUGGUGAUGUCUGCAGCAGGAAUUCAAUACACCAGAAACGUCCAAGAUGUUAGACUGGCACCUGGUCCGGCCGAGAUUGAUGUUUCGAAUUCGACCAACUUAGCAGCAGCAGGAGCAGCAGAUCCUGAACUUGAUUCAGCUCUACAGGAACAUCCAAACACCAGAACUCUUCGCCAACGGGGAAGCUUGAAGCGACCGGCCAGGUUUGAUGACGACUUUGUAUACCGCGUUUUUUACUAGAACGAAUGCGUCGGAGUAUUUGAAGCGAAAAACUUACCAAACUCUUUGAUUUCUCCUUUUGGUGUGAUUUUGUUUUAAAACGAACGAGCAGUAAACAUUGGAAUGUCAAGUUUCGUUGAAUUUUCGUGUGCAUCGCGGAUAAUCCGCGUGCGGGAUAAUCGAUGAUGAUGUAAAUAAUCAGUAAUCGGAUAAUGAAAUCAGUGCACCGAACCAAAACGGUACUUUGUUUUAAUAAGAUACAAUAAAUAAUAAAAUAAAGUAAAAAAAAAAUAAACAUUUCAAAAAUUUCAAUGAGUUUGUUUAUUUGAACAUGGCAAAUAAAACAAUUAAGGCAAACGGUUCUGUUAGAUGUGUUUCUGUGGCGUUUUAUCAUUGGGUAAUAGGUAAAUAAGAUUUGAUUGUUUUAAGGUAGGUUUAACGCAUGGCGGAAUGAAUUUUGAAUUAUGCGUUGUACUGUAUCGUUAAUCAACAGUAGUUACAUCAUACUAUAUUAGGGUGAAUGUACCUAUAAUGAUCCACUUCAAUCUAAAAUAAUAACUUUUAGUAAUCAAUAAUUGAAUAAUGAACGUUGCGAUGAACUAUAGAAUAGUAGUUUAUUUGUUACUUCACUUUUGAAAAUAGGAGUUUUUUUUCAGAAUCAACAUUUGUAAUUUCGGCAAACUUUAAAUCAGUUUUUAAAUAUUAUUUAAACAUAGUAAAAACAUGGUUUGGUGUCAUGAUACUGCAUUUGAGUUUAUUUAUUUAUUUAUUCAUGAUUACAAAAUUAUGUAAUUAAAAAAAAAAACAAUUAAAUCCUAUAAAAUAUACAAGCUUUAGAAGAGUACAGACGAGAGCG